UCUAUCCAUCCGCUUCAUUCAACAACCAGCCUCCUUUUUAUAGAUAAACCCUCAUCCUCCCAACUCUCCUACGCCCUCAUUCUUCAAUCUCCAAUCUUAUUCCGGUUCACCGAGAAAAUGGCGUCUACAUUUGCUGGCGUGUCCACAGUUGGUUCGUUGGCUGCCACUGGCAGCAGGGUAAUGGAUAAUAAAAUUGCAGCUUCGAACAAGCUGUCGUCGCUCGCUUCCAUAUCUUCUAGUUCACUUGGGAGGAGGAAUAGCGUUGUACUCCGUAAACAACGUUCUUCUCAAAUAACAGCAGCUGCAAAGGACUUGUACUUCAACAAGGAUGGCUCUGCUAUAAAGAAACUCCAAAUUGGUGUUAACAAACUCGCAGAUCUAGUUGGUGUUACCCUUGGACCUAAAGGAAGAAAUGUGGUUCUUGAGAGCAAAUACGGUGCCCCCAAAAUUGUCAAUGAUGGAGUUACAGUGGCCAGAGAGGUUGAGUUGGAAGAUCCAGUUGAGAACAUUGGAGCUAAAUUGGUGAGACAAGCAGCUGCAAAGACUAAUGACUUGGCUGGUGAUGGGACAACAACAUCUGUAGUUCUUGCACAGGGUCUUAUUGCUGAAGGUGUUAAGGUAGUAGCAGCUGGAGCAAAUCCAGUUCUUAUCACUAGGGGAAUCGAAAAGACUACAAAAGCCUUGGUAGCUGAAUUAAAGUUAAUGUCAAAAGAGGUUGAAGAUAGUGAACUAGCAGAUGUUGCUGCAGUAAGUGCAGGGAACAACUAUGAGGUCGGAAGAAUGAUAGCCGAGGCGUUGGCCAAAGUUGGUAGGAAAGGUGUUGUGACUCUUGAAGAAGGGAAAAGCGCCGAAAACAGCCUUUAUGUUGUUGAAGGAAUGCAGUUUGACCGUGGCUAUAUUUCUCCCUAUUUCGUUACCGACACUGAGAAAAUGACUGUUGAGUUCGAGAACUGCAAGCUGUUGCUUGUUGACAAGAAAAUUACAAACGCCAGAGAUCUGAUUAAUGUCUUGGAAGAUGCUAUUAGAGGUAGCUAUCCCGUUCUUAUUAUUGCUGAAGAUAUCGAGCAGGAAGCUCUCGGCACCCUUGUCGUGAACAAGCUAAGAGGGGCACUGAAAGUUGCUGCUCUCAAAGCUCCUGGAUUUGGUGAAAGAAAGAGUCAAUAUCUUGAUGAUAUUGCAAUUUUGACCGGAGGAACUGUGAUCAGAGAGGAAGUUGGAUUAACAUUAGACAAGGCAGAUAAGGACGUUUUGGGACAUGCUGCUAAGGUUGUGUUGACCAAAGACACCACAACAAUUGUCGGAAAUGGGAGCAGUCAAGAAGCUGUUAACAGACGUGUCGCUCAGAUUAAGAACCUUAUCGAGGUGGCCGACCAAGAAUAUGAAAAAGAGAAACUGAGCGAAAGAAUUGCUAAGCUGUCUGGAGGUGUUGCCGUGAUCCAGGUCGGAGCACAAACUGAAACAGAGCUGAAAGAGAAGAAGCUUAGAGUAGAAGAUGCUCUUAACGCCACUAAGGCAGCUGUCGAGGAAGGAAUUGUCGUUGGUGGUGGAUGUACUUUAUUGAGGCUUGCGUCCAAGGUUGACGCUAUCAAGGCAACUCUUGCCAAUGACGAGGAGAAGGUUGGAGCAGACAUUGUCAAAAGAGCUUUGAGUUAUCCGUUGAAGUUGAUAGCCAAGAACGCCGGUGUUAACGGAAGUGUUGUCAGUGAGAAGGUGCUGUCAAGUGACAAUCCGAAAUACGGAUACAAUGCCGCCACUGGAGUUUACGAAGAUCUCAUGGCUGCUGGAAUCAUCGAUCCCACCAAGGUGGUGAGAUGUUGCUUAGAGCAUGCAUCGUCGGUGGCAAAGACAUUUUUGAUGUCCGACUGUGUGGUUGUUGAGAUCAAGGAGCCUGAACCGGCUGUAACGGGAACCCCUAUGGACAAUUCAGGAUAUGGUUACUAAGGAAAUCGAGAUUUGACGACGUUGUGCUGAGGAGUCGUCAUUCGCGAAUAAUAGGGUUUUUGUUGAAUUUAGUUUAUCUAAAAUGUAGGUGAGAAAAAUGGUAGACUGAAAAAUCCAGCAAUUGGUUAGAGCUUUGUUGGAUGCGGCUUUGUAUGAACCUACUACAAAAUUCAAUGUAUGAUUGCUGUUUAUGGUUAUAUUUAUAUAUAAUCUAUCGUUUCUCUCUCU